AUGAAUAUGAGGGCUCUUGCUCAACUUCUGGUGCUCCUACUGCUCUGGUUCCCAGAAAAUGUGGAUAUUCCAGGCCAUAUCUUCACCGGAGGAAUGACUGUAGCUGUUUUGGUCUCGAUGGCAAUAGUGUGCCUGGUGAUUGUGUGUGUCAUUUAUAGAGUUGACUUGGUUCUAUUUUAUAGACAUUUAACAGGAAGAGAUGAAACAUUAACAGAUGGAAAAACAUAUGAUGCUUUUGUGUCUUACCUAAAAGAAUGCCCACCUGAGAACAGAGAGGAGUACACCUUUGCUGUGGAGAUUUUGCCCAGGGUGCUGGAGAAGCAUUUUGGGUAUAAGUUAUGCAUAUUUGAAAGAGAUGUAGUGCCUGGAAGAGCUGUUUUUGAUGAGAUUCAUUCACUGAUAGAGAAAGGCCGAAGACUAAUCAUUGUUCUGAGUAAAAGUUAUAUGUCUAAUGAAGUCAAGUAUGAACUUGAAAGUGGACUCCAUGAAGCGCUGGUGGAAAGGAAAAUGAAAAUAAUCUUAAUUGAAUUCACACCUCUUAGGGACCUCACAUUCUUGCCUCAAUCACUAAAGCUUUUGAAAUCUCACAGAGUUCGGAAGUGGAACACAGAUCAGUCUCCCCCUUACAACUCAAGGUUCUGGAAAAGCCUUCUUUACUUAAUGCCUGUGAAAUCAGUGGAGCUAGAUAGAAGUCUUGGCUGUUCUUUCAAAGUACUGAUCUUCCAAAAAGUUGAAUGUCAAAAAGUACUCUAG